CAAACAUGGCCCCCUCCUUCUGGGUGUGAGGAGCGACAGCUGCUGACAAAGGAGACAGAGCUGUCCACACGGGACUGGCGGCGCCUCUGGGUCCAGAUCACCGAUGUGACUCCCACAGCGACGGGAAAACUACCUGCCAAACCAUGAAGUGUGCCAGAAGGACAAACUGACAGAAGAAGGCCUUCACUGCAGCGGACCAUCUGUUCAGAUCCAGUCCCCCCCCUCCUCCUCCCCCCCGUUAACCCCCGCCCCGCCGCCAUGCACAUCAACCCGGUGCUGGUGGAGUCCGCCGUGGUGCUGGCCGUGGUGCUCUGCGUCCACAUGGUGGUCUGGAACCAGCACUCCUGGUGCAGCAUCGCCCUCAUCAUCCAGGCCUUCUACGUGCAGCACAAGUGGGACCGUCUGCUGCGGUCGGGCGGCGCCGUGUUCCAGUUCCGCCCGGCGGCGAACAGCGGCAUCGUCCCGGCCUCCAUGGUGAUGCCGCUGCUGGGCCUGGCGCUGAGGGAGAAGUGCUCCGCCUCGGGGAACGUCUACUUCGAGCGCUUCUCCAUGGUGGUGACCAUCACCGGCAUGAUGCUGGCGCUGUUCCUGUCGCUCAUCGCGCUGGGCAUCACCAGGCCGGUGCCCACCAACACCUGCGUCAUCGCGGGAAUGGCGGGCAGCGCCAUCCUCUACACCACCAAGCAGACGCUGACGGUGUCGGAGGUCAUCGAGGUGCUGGAGGUGCUGCUGAUCUUCGUGUACCUCAGCCUGAUCGUGCUCUACCUGCUGCCCCGCUGCUUCACGCCCGGCGAGGCGCUGCUCAUCGUGGGCGGGAUCAGCUUCAUCGUGAACCAGCUCAUCAAGCGCUCCCUCAACCUGGCGGAGGUGAAGGGCGACCCGGUGAACUACUUCCUGCCCGUGGUGGUGGUGGGCUCGCUGCUGCUGGGGGUCUUCUUCGCGCUGCUCUUCUGCUUCAUGGAGUCGGAGACGUGGGUGUCCUCGCUCUUCUUCCACAUGAUGACGGCCGUCCUGGCGCUGGGGAUCCUCAUGCCGUGGCUCUCGCUGUUCAUCGGCCGCCACCCGCUCAUGUGGCUGCUGGACUUCGUCACGCUCAGCGACACCCGGCUGUGCCUGCUGGCCUACUGGGUGCUCCUGGCCGUCGUGGCCACGUGCGUGGUGCUCCACCAGAACUACCAGCGCCAGGCGGGGUCCAAGAAGCACCAGGCCUCCACCGUCGUCCGCAAGUACUUCCACCUGAUCGUCGUGGCCACGUACGUCCCGGGGCUGAUCUACGACAAGCAGCUGCUCCACGUGGCGUCGGUGGGCUGCCUGGCCGUCUUCCUGUUCCUGGAGUACGUGCGCUACUUCAGGAUCCGGCCGCUGGGCCAGCUGCUCCGGCAGCUGCUCACGCUGUUCCUGGACGAGCGAGACUCGGGGCCGCUCAUCCUCACCCAUGUCUACCUGCUGCUGGGCAUGUCGCUGCCCAUCUGGCUGUUUCCCGGGCCCUGCGCCCCCAGGGGCGUCCUGUCCGGCGCCGGCGGCCUGGUGCCGUACGCCGGCGUGCUCGCCGUGGGCGUGGGGGACACCGUGGCCUCCGUGUUCGGCAGCACCAUGGGGGAGAUCCGCUGGCCCGGCACCAAGAAGACGAUGGAGGGGACGGCCACGUCGGUGUUCGCUCAGAUCAUCGCCGUGGCCGUGUUCCUCAUCUUCGACGGGAGCAUCAAUCUGAACUCCACCUACUCGUGGAUCGUGGGCUCCAUCACCCUGGUGGCCCUGCUGGAGGCCUACACCUCCCAGAUAGACAACCUCCUGCUCCCGCUCUACCUCUUCAUCCUGCUGUUGCUUUGAAAGCCGUCCUGCGGUCGGCCUCGUCUGAGAGGGAGAAGAGCAAAGAAUGCAGCUGGAAAACAAUACGACAGCAGAGUUAUCAGAGGAAUCGACUCAUCAGCACGAGAUGGUACGACUCCAGAGCUGAAACUUCCAUAGUCAGAAAUAAAUAAAUGGGUCAGUAAAUGCACCAACAAGAUUCUUUUAGAGCGUGUGUUCAGUUGAUGAAAAGUGACUUCAGUUCUAUGCAGUCUGAGCAUGCGUUGGGUUUUAGAUCAACAGCCUCUGGAUUUCCCCGACGGAGUGAAUGUGAGUCUGUGUGACCGGUAGUGGACCGGUAGUCUCCCUCCACCCGCCGUCAGUCCCGACUCCAGCGCCCUGCGACGCCGAGGGGGACACAGCGGUGGAGGAGAUGGAUGGACUCGUCUGCAUGGGCUGCAGGUUUCCUGCUUUCCUCCCACGGUCCAGCUAACAUGCGUUCGAGGUUAUCCUGUGAUUCUGAACUGGCUUGUAGGUGUGAAUGUGAGUGUGUGUGUGUGUGUGUGUGUGUGUGUGUGUGGGUCGGGCCAGAAGCUGGCUCCAUGUAUGGAUCGCUGAUUUACAGAGGUAAACCCUUUAGAGCAAGAAAAUGCACUGAAAUAUAUGUGAGUAGAGAAGAACACAAAAUGCAAACAUUUCACUCAACUGAUUUUGCUUUUGGUGGAUUUAAUGAGUCGGUAUCGAAGCCGUUGGUUUACUUUUGAUUAUGGUGGUUUGACAGUUUCUCCAUGCAGGGUGACUGAAAUCUGCUCCUGACUUGGCAGCAGGCUCGGCGUCAGAGUCCGUUUUCUCCAGAGCCGUUUCAGUAUUGUGGAAGAAAUUUGAGGAAGAGUUGCUAAAUAUUCCCGGCGGCUGCAGCGGUGUUGGCUUUCCGCCACGACUUGACCCCGAAAUAGUGGACCGCCGACGCCGACCGCUCCUGAAUUAUGCAACGGGAGACUCAGUUUAGCAAAGUGGAAAACAAACGUCUGUUUAAAUUCUUAUGAUUUUUGAUCUCCUGUCCUUUAUUUCCCCCCAGACGGAUCCGACUUGCCUUUGCAUUGCCUUUGAAGAACAUUAUUUAAACCUAACUUAUUGACCUGUACAUAUCUCUGGAUCUCCGUUCUUAGGCUUUGAUUUUUGCCCCCCCCCCGCCCCGAUGGCAAUACGAAGGACUUCUUGCUGAAAAUGUUUGCCUUAAGGAGUGUAUUUUCUAUCGCACACUGAUGCAGAAGCUGUAGAGGAUGAAGAGCGCCGCAGCCCCUCUCAGCCCGGCUGAAACUCGCUCUGCUCCUGCAUGACACUGAAAUCCAGUACUGUAACAUGUCUGCAGGUAUUCUGCAGUCUAUUUUUCUUGGAUGAAUCGAUUUUGUUCAGGACUUCCAUGGUUUGAAGGGACCCCAUAAAGGAUUAACGAAAUGGAUCCAUUUCUUAGAGCCUCCGAUCCGAACCAGGUUUUUACACUCUCGAUGCUCUUUGAGUCGUUUCGAAACACAGACUCCUUUUUUUUUGUGCAAAAUCUUCAGUAACCUAAAAUUAUUUGUAUGCUUUCUACAAAAAGCCUCAGAUCAUAAGAAUGCUUUAGGUUUUUAUCUUAUUGUUCUCUCUGUUUGUAAAAUCGUUUUUGGUGAUUUUUUUUUUUUUUUUUAUGUUGUGAUUUUGUUUCUUCCGCGCAUGACUCUGAAAGUAUGUUAUUUUCCCAUCUUCCUUUGAUUUAAAGAAAGAAAAUGUGACACUGCAUGUUGAGUGCACCGGUGAAGAGAAAGUUAGAUAUAACUGAUAUUUUCAGAUUUAGCAAUUGGAUGGAAACACGCCAAACACAGAAGUUCUGUUCCAAAGAAGUGUGGAUGCUGUUGAAUGUAAAUUCAGAUGAAAUGCGACGGUCAGCAAAACGCAAGAGUCCGACACGUUGAAGUAAAAAGGUUAGAGAAGCAGAUACAUCGAAGUUCCAAGGUUCCAAUCCCAUAAAUGAAUUCCCCCAGUUGGAUUAAUAAAGUGUGAUCAGUUAACUUGCACACAUAUAAGCUUCUCAGUUGUUCUCUAUGUGAAAUUGGAAGAUAACAUCGCGUUCUGUUUCUAUUUAACGAAGCGUCCUCACUGAAUGAGCCCAGACUGUUUCUGUGCCGCCGUGUUUUCACUCCCGGUUCCCCGAGCGUCGAACCCAUAAACCAGCCCCGUCGUUUCUCCACUCGAUUUUGUCUUAAUAUGAACAGAAAUGCUCACUGUUGACUGUAAAAAUAGAAAACGUCUCAUCUGAACUCAAAUUAGAAAAACAAAACACCGUGGAAACCCCAGUAGAGCUGAUCGGUGUCACUGUUGAUGGAGACUUGCUGAAUAACGGUGGAUCUAA